GAGGUUACAAUGGAAUGUUUGAAACAACACGCAUGUGUACGGUCCUUUCUGCAAGUGCUGUUAAUUCUGACAACAGGCUUUGUUCAGGAACAUUUUCCCACGAAUAAGUAUUUGAAAAAGUUGUUCGAGUUUCACUUUUGAGAUAUUCAUUAGCUAUGGCUAAAUCUUUAAGAAGUAAAUGGCGCCGUAAGUGUCGUGCCGUAAAACGUGAACGAUAUGGUGCAAAAGAGUUAGAGAGAUUGAAAAAAACAUUAGGACUUGAUGAAAGUGGUCAUCAAGAUGUGAAUAUGUCUGAAAUAUCUGAAAUUGCUACUGUUACUAAUGUCCAAACAAUCAAAAACCAAUUGAAUUCUGCUAUUAAAAAUAAAGAAUCAAGCAAUAACACAGAAGAAAUGGAUGUUGAUAACAAGAGAAUUUAUAACAAUAAAACAAUGAAAGAUCAAUAUGGAAAUUAUCCAGUCUGGAUGAAUAAAAGAAGAUUAGCUAAGCAUAAAAAAGGCCGGGGAAAGACGAUGAAAUCUACUACUAAGCCAGACAAAAGAUUAACCAGAAAACAGCGAAAAAAGUUGAAAAAAGCCGACUAAGGUAUUCAUAUUUAAAUAUUGACUAAAUAUAUCAAAUGUUUUUAUUUUGAAUAUAAACUUGUAACAAGCAUGGCAGUGAUGUCAUCAUUGCUGGAAUAUAUAAUUAUUGCUUAUAUUUAAA